AUGGAGUUACAGCUGAGGAAGGCGUCGAACUCUGCGGCCUCUUUGGCUCUCUUUUUAUCUGCUUGGCCUGCCAUUGUGCUUCAGCAGCAGCAGCAGCAGCAGCAGCAGCAGCAGCAGCAGCAGCAGCAGCAGCAGCAGCGGCAGCAGCAGCCAGCAGCAGCAGCAGCAGCAGCAGCAGCAGCAGCAGCAGCAGCAGCAGCAGCAGCGGCAGCAGCAGCGACGACAGUACUGGGGGGAGUCGGAGCAGCCAGUGGGGUGCUGUGGGUUUAA